CCGAGCUCUGCGAGAGGAAAAUCCAGACAGUAAAGGGUCACACCGGCCUCCUCGUCGCUUCCGGUAUGUUUUGAGAGCUCCAUCCAUCUCUGUUGUUGCUGGGGCAAGACCAUCAAUACCACAUCUGAGAGGGUUCAGUCCAGACAGAAAGCGAUGAAGGAGGAAAAAUCUACAGGCCCAGAACUAGGUGAAGCGCCAGUCAGAACAGGAAAAGACACCAGUGCAGUUCAGCCAGGAUGGGGAGCAUCACCAGAGGGCCAAGGGGAGCCAUCCAGGAUGAGGCAAGAGCGCUGGGAAGCUCAAUGGCAAGAGUUCUUGAGAACACUGCAGCCCCUUCACCCAGGAGGGCGAAAUUCAGUGGUGCCAGAGACUGCCCCGUGGGAAGAUACCAAGGCCUUCCUGGCCUCCUUUGAGCAAGUGGCCAAGGCCUGCCAGUGGCCGAGAGGAGAGUGGGCGGCCCGACUCCUGCCAGCACUGAGUGGGGAAGCAGAAGAGGCCUUUAGAAGCCUGGAGGUCAGAGAUCAGGAGGACUAUGGGAAAGUGAAGGCGGCCAUCUUGCGAGGGGAAGCCCUGAGGAUGGAGGCGCAGCGCCAGCACUUCAGGCAAUUCUGCUGCCAGGAGGUCAGAGACCCCCGAAGGAUUCACAGCCAAGUCCAGGAGCUUUGCCGGCAGUGGCUGAAGCCGGAGAGACACAGCAAGGAGCAGAUCCUGGAGCUGCUGAUCCUGGAGCAGUUCCUGGCCAGCCUGCCAGCGGACCUCCAGGGCUGGAUCCGGGCAGGAGGGCCGGACACCUGCUCCCAGGCUGUGGCCAUGGCCGAGGACUUCCUCACGAGCCAGCGAGAGGCCGAGGGAGGGAACUGGGAGAAGGAGCCGACGGAUCCCAAGGAAACCAGCCUGUCUUUACGGAUGGUCCGGCAGAAUCUGACGCAGACAGGCCCACAGACCAUAGUCUGGCAAGUCCUGCGGGAGGAUGGUGACGAGAAGAGAGGUCAGGUCAAGAUGGAGUGUGGAGGAAAUGAGCCAGAGGACACGCCCAGGGCAGCCCCACAGGGAAGUCAAGCGAAUGUGCUGGAGAAAGCUGAGUUGCAUGAGGAAGGAUGUGACUCCCGCAGUGGAGGAGAGAAUCAGCCUGUGGGGAGAAAGAAUGAAUGUAAUGAGCUCAAGGAAAGCCUUAUUCGCCAGCCUCCCAAAGGACACAGAAAAGAUAACAUGCCCAUGUUCUCCAAGUAUGGUAGAAGGUAUCGCUAUAGAUUAGAACCUGAUAUGAUAGAUUCUGGGGAAGAUCAGGAUGGGUGUCUUAUGACAGAGGAAGAAGUCCAGCAAAAUACAUGCCUUGAUGAGUAUCAGAAAAUGAUAACAGGAGAGAGUAAAUCUGAAUUCUCUGACUGUCUGAAAGGGGGUAGUUCAAACAGAGAUCAGAAUAACCAUGGAGAAGAGAAACCUAGUAACACGUCCAAGCGUGGGAACAGCUUUAAUUAUACAAAGUCACUGACGAGAAAUCAAGAAAUUCAAAGUGAAGCAAGGCCGUAUGAAUGUUCUCAUUGUAGGAAAUGUUUCAGGCAAUAUGUAAACUUGAUGUCUCAUCAGAGAAUUCAUACUGGAGAGAAACCGUACAAAUGCCCUGAGUGUAAGAAAAGCUUCAGGCAGAUGGGAACCUUGAUAAAGCACCAGAGAAUUCAUACUGGAGAGAAGCCAUACAAAUGUGCUCACUGUGGGAAAUGCUUCAAUCAGGUGGGAUAUUUGAAGAUCCAUCAGAGAAUUCAUACUGGAGAGAAACCAUACAAAUGUUCUCAGUGUGAGAAAAGCUUCAGUCGGAGUGAACAUUUGAAGAAACAUCAGAGAAUUCAUACUGGAGAGAAACCAUACAAAUGUCUUGAGUGUGGGAAACGCUUCAAACGGGGAGGAGAUUUAAAGAUCCAUCAGAGGAUUCAUACCGGAGAGAAACCGUACAAAUGUUCUCAUUGUGGGAAAAGCUUCAGGCAGAGUGAAAACGUUAAGAAACAUCAAAGAAUUCACACCGGAGAGAAACCAUACAAAUGUUCUGAAUGCGGGAAAUGCUUCCGUUAUGGAGGUCAGUUGAAGACACAUCAGAGAACUCAUAGCAAUCAUAUGAAAGUCCACUGUGUGAAAAAAGCUUCAGUCAGUGAGUGAGGUAGCAUCAGAAGACCUUUGCAGGAGAGGAACCAUUCAAAUGUUUAGAAUGUGGAAGAAGCUCCUCUUAGGCAGAUACGUUUAUGAGACAUCACAGACCUCGCAAGGGUCGGAGACAUUAUGGAUGUGACAAGUAAAGAUUCAAUCAAGGAGCUUUAUAGCAUUCCAGUGAAUGUCCCAUGGGGCAGGGGAGUUGCCACGAAAAUCUGGA